CGCAGAACAUGAGCUCCAACCCCGCUGAGCGGAUGCCACACGCCGCCCAUGCGUUCAACACGCUAACACUCAGAGAACCUGCCGCUUUUUAGGCACAAACUCACAUUCAAUACACUAGAUUUGUUUCCGUUUUGCCCCUUUUUGUGUGUUUUUUGGAUGCGCUAUGAAGGAACGUUGGAGGAGUUGUGGCGCGGGGCUGGUGGUGGCGUGGACGUGGGUUUGGAGUGUGGCGUGGUGCAUCCCCGCUAACGAAGUUAACUUGCUGGAUUCCCGCUCUGUGAUGGGAGACCUUGGAUGGGUGGCAUACCCAAAAAAUGGGUGGGAGGAAAUCGGGGAAGUGGAUGAAGACUAUGCCCCCAUCCACACUUACCAAGUGUGUCGGGUCAUGGAGCAGAACCAGAACAACUGGCUUCACACCAACUGGAUAUUGACAGAGGGAGCCCAGCGAGUCUACAUAGAGCUGAAGUUCACCCUGAGAGACUGCAACAGCCUCCCCGGGGGCGUGGGUACCUGUAAGGAGACCUUUAACAUGUACUACUACGAGACAGACGGGGAUGAAAUGGAAGAUGGAGAGAUGAGAGACGGAGAGGGGAUCACGGUGGAGGAAGACAGAGCGAUGAAGGAAAGCCGCUACAUCAAAAUCGACACCAUAGCAGCCGACGAGAGCUUCACCGAGCUCGACCUCGGGGAUCGGGUUAUGAAGCUCAACACGGAAGUCCGUGAUUUAGGCCCUUUGACUCGGAAGGGCUUCUACUUGGCUUUUCAGGAUUUGGGAGCCUGCAUCGCUUUGGUGUCGGUGCGGGUUUUCUACAAACGCUGUCCUUUUCUUGUGAAAAGCCUGGCCGAGUUCUCCGACACUAUCCCGGGAUCGGAGGCCUCGCAGCUGGUGGAGGUGGUGGGUCGCUGUGUCAACAACUCGCUGCCUUUAUACGAGCCUCCCAGGAUGCAUUGCAGCACCGAAGGAGAAUGGCUGGUGCCCAUCGGGAAGUGUGUGUGCCAGCAAGGAUUUGAGGAAAUUGGUGGAUCCUGUCAAGCGUGCAAAGCGGGGUUUUACCGCUCGCUGCUGGAGUCUUUGGCCUGCAGUAAAUGUCCACCCCACAGUGUGGCCCGGCACACUGGAGCUACUUCAUGCAGCUGUGAAGAAGGAUACUACAAGAUUGACUCGGAUCCUCCCAAUAUGGCCUGCACAAGACCCCCUUCUGCUCCUCGGAACGCAAUCUCCAACGUCAACGAGACCAGCGUCUUUCUGGAGUGGUCCGUUCCCAUGGAGACGGGUGGCAGGAAGGAUGUCGGCUACAACGUCCUGUGUAGACAAGUCUUGCCCGACGGGAGGGGCUUGGAAGAGUGCGGCCCCAAUGUCCGCUUUCUGCCGCGCCAUGUGGGCUUGUCCAACACCUCAGUGAUGGUGGCCGACCUGCAGUCCCACACAAACUACAGCUUCCUGCUGGAGGCCGUUAACGGCGUGUCGGAGCUGGCCAAAGAUCGCACUAAGCAGUACGUGUCACUCAACGUGACCACCAAUCAGGCUGCACCUUCCCCAGUGAGUGUGGUGAGAAAAGGUCAUGCCGGGAAGAGCAGCAUCGCUCUUUCCUGGGCAGAACCGGACCGGCCGAACGGCAUCAUCCUGGAAUAUGAGAUCAAGUACUUUGAGAAGGAGCAGGACUCCAGUUACACGAUUAUCAAAUCCAGGGAGACGGAGAUGGUGGUGGAAAGCCUGAAGCCCUCUUCGGUCUACAUCUUUCAGGUCCGAGCCAGGACUUCUGCAGGCUACGGUGCUUUCAGCAGACGUUUUGAAUUCCAGACCAGCCCUUACUUGACAGCUACCAGCGAGCGUGCCCAAGCUUCCAUUGUAGCUGUGGCCAUCACGCUGGCGCUGGUCCUACUGGCAGUGGUGGCUGGAUUUCUACUCAGCGGACGGCGCUGUGGUUACAGUAAAGCUAAGCAAGAUCCCGAAGAGGAGAAAAUGCAUUUCCAUAACGGCCACAUCAAGUUCCCUGGAGUUCGCACCUACAUUGACCCCCUCACCUACGAGGACCCUAACCAGGCUGUGCAUGAGUUUACCCAAGAGAUUGACGUGUCAUUCAUCUCCAUUGAAAGGAUCAUUGGAGCAGGGGAGUUUGGCGAAGUAUGCAGCGGCCCGCUAAGAUUGCCGGGGAAAAGAGAGAUGCAGGUCGCCAUCAAGACAUUGAAAGCGGGCUACACCGAGCAUCAGAGACGGGACUUCCUGUGGGAGGCGUCCAUCAUGGGCCAGUUUAACCAUCCUAACAUCAUCCGCCUGGAGGGUGUGGUUACCAAGAGCAAGCCGGUGAUGAUCAUCACUGAAUAUAUGGAGAAUGGAUCACUGGAUACGUUCCUGAAGAAAAACGAUGGCCAGUUCACCGUGAUCCAGCUGGUCGGAAUGCUGCGUGGCAUCGCAUCUGGCAUGAGGUACUUGUCCGACAUGGGUUAUGUCCACCGCGAUCUGGCAGCUCGCAACAUCCUGGUCAACAGUAACCUUGUGUGCAAAGUGUCUGAUUUCGGCCUGUCCCGUGUCUUAGAGGACGACCCCGAGGCAGCGUACACCACCCGGGGCGGCAAAAUUCCGAUUCGCUGGACAGCGCCAGAGGCCAUCGCAUACAGGAAGUUCACCUCAGCCAGCGACGUGUGGAGUUACGGCAUUGUCAUGUGGGAAGUGAUGUCGUACGGAGAGAGGCCCUACUGGGAGAUGUCCAAUCAAGAUGUCAUAAAAGCGGUAGAAGAAAGCUAUAGGUUACCAGGUCCCAUGGAUUGCCCCGAGGCCCUGUACCACCUCAUGAUGGACUGUUGGCAGCGUGAACGCAGCAACCGACCCAAGUUUGAUGAGAUCGUCUGUCUAUUAGACAAACUCAUCCGCAACCCCUGCUCGCUGAAAAAACUGGUCAACUCCUCGCACAGGGUGUCCAACCUGUUGGUGGAGCAUGCCAGCUUAGACGGGGACUGCAACAUGUGGAGCAAAACUGUGGGAGAAUGGCUGGAUUCCAUCAAGAUGGGCCGCUAUACCGAACUCUUCAUGGAGGGAGGGUACUCGUCACUGGAAACAGUCACCCAGAUGACCUCGGAGGACUUGCGGAGAGUUGGGGUGAACCUAGCAGGACAUCAAAAAAAAAUCAUCACUAGUAUUCAGGAGAUGAGAGUCCAUAUGAACAGCUCCAAUACCAGUGUGAACAUCUGAUGCACAUCCGACGCACAAUACAUGUGGACCUAGUUUGAGUUGAAAAGUUGGACCUAGGGCGGCUUAGCACUUUCUAAUGACAAGGAGACAGUUUUUAUGGACCAGCGAGCUGAUUUUUUUUUUUUUUGUGGUGUCACAGACCAAACAGGAGGAACUGAUUGGUUGUACAAUGAAGGGAAUGCGGUGGACUCAACGUUUGAUUCUGACUCUCGCAGACUUUGAGAGCAACCAGCACUUUUUGGCUAAGUCACAAAUAAGUCAGGCCUGUCUCAGGUUACCUUGAGUCCAGCGGUUCUGUAUGGUAAUUGGAUCUGGAAGCACGGUCGUGUUGGGAGUCUCGGAAGUGAUCACCAGCCGGGGUAUCGACGGACCAUCAUCUGCCAUGUUGAUGUGUGUUUCGGGGGUCUGAACUGGCUGUCAAACUCGUGUCCGAUCCCGAGCCUCAUCCUAUCACAUUUCCAUAAUUUCCUUUCAAUGAAUGGCGAGUGAAAGCUGAGAUGCAUCAAAGGUGCUCCGGCUAUGGACCUGUCUCGUUUCUGGAUGAAUGUAUAGGAGGUUUAAGCACUCUUUCUUCACACUAAGGUUCUUCUAAAGUUUGCUCGCGGAUUGCAUGACCACGUGAGCUCGCUUAAUGUCGUCUUUUCUCCAAGGAGGCGGGGAGAGAAAAUGUGUCCACGCCCCUCAUUCAGAUCAGCCACACUGCUUCAUCAGGAUUAGUUGAGGAUUCUUCUAGAACCCAGUGGAACAUUCAAGCACUGGUGAAGAAUUUGAGUUAUUGGUUGACCUUCUCACGGAUCCUUCUCUUCUACCAGGAUUCAGGUACAGAAAACUCAGCAAUCUCUUCAGUUCAUGCAACCGAAUCUCCUCGGACACACCUCACUCCAACUGGAACCGCUGGCAAACGGAGGCAAUAUUAAAGAAAUGGAUAAUCACUUAUUUAUUAUUUCUUGAUAUUUAUGGGGAAAAAUGCAAAAAAUGUUUUGUGCUUUAUCUGUGAAGCUCCGCCUAUAUGUGUAUUUCAUGUAUAUAAUGUAUUAUAGAUAUUUAAAGCAGGGAGCAUUGUUCUUCUGUCUACCAUCAUGUGGACACGUUGGUAUUGAUCAAGCAUCUCAGAGUAGAAGAGUUUUUAUAUCUUAGUUAACCCUGGCAACAUUCAUGAAAGAGCGAGCCACUUAAAGUUCAUAUUUUGCCAGUCGGAAUUCAUUUGCAAAAGUCUAGUGAUAUUUCAAUACAUAUUUUAUGAAGUCAUAUUUAAAGCCUGAAAGAAAUAGGAACCUUUUGUGUGGAUGACAAAGUCCAUAUACUUUGUUGAUGACUUGCUUUUUUUUGUUCUUAUUAUUGCUCAUACACUGUUGUUUGCUUGGGAGCAAGGAGUACUGGGGCCACACUAAUACGUGUAUGCAGUCGUCCUUUACUAUGAUGCAGUUUUUCAGAAAUCAAUUCAUUACAUUUUUUUAUGGUAGACUGUGGUCUAUGAUUAGUUAAAACCUAUUGAAAUGAAAGUCGUGUAUUCAUUCACUCAUUCAUUUAUUCAUUCAUUCACCUCCCGCUUAUCCUCACGAGGGUCGCUGGGGGUGCUGGAGCCUAUCCCAGCUGUCUUUGGGCGAGAGGCGGGGUACACCCUGGACUGGUCGCCAGCCAAUCACAGGGCACAUAUAGACAAACAACCAUUCACACUCACAUUCAUACCUAUGGACAAUUUGGAGUCAUCAAUUAACCUAGCAUGUUUUUGGAAUGUGGGAGGAAACCGGAGUACCCGGAGAAAACCCACGCAUGCAUGGGGAGAACAUGCAAACUCCACACAGAGAUGGCCGAGGGUGGGAUUGAACUCUGGUCUCCUAGCUGUGAGGCCUACGUGCUAACCACUCGUCAGUCGUGCAGCCCCAAGUCGUGUAUUAUUCUGGUCAAAAAAAAAAUUCUCACAUUCUGUUUGGAAGUGGUAAUUUUUUGAUUUCUUACUCCUUCCCCACUCUGUUUGAAACUCUUUUUAAGUUCAUUCAUUCAUUCAUUUUCUGCCGCUUUUUCCUCACGAGGGUCGUGGGGGUGCUGGAGCCUAUCCCAGCUGUCUUUGGGCGAGAGGCGGGGUACACCCUGGACUGGUGGCCAGCCAAUCACAGGGCACAUAUAGACAAACAACCAUUCACACUCACAUUCAUACCUAUGGACAAUUUGGAGUGGCCAAUUAACCUAGCAUGUUUUUGGAAUGUGGGAGGAAACCGGAGUACCCGGAGAAAACCCACGCAUGCACGGGGAGAACAUGCAAACUCCACACAGAGAUGGGCGAGGGUGGAAUUGAACCCUGGUCUCCUAGCUGUGAGGUCUGCGCGCUAAACACCCCAUCGCCGUGCCGCCUCUUUUUAAGUUUACAGGAAAAAUUAGAGGCAAAAUUUUGCAUAAUAGUUGUGCAAUCUGAUAUAAAGGAUGAAAAAUAGGAGUAUAAAAUUGACUAUAGGCGUGUUAUUUUAUAUCUACAGGGCAUUUUAUGUCUAUUUAUCCCCGUAAUAUAUUUCAGUUUUGUCAUUUGUCCUCAUUCCAGCUUCUUAUAAUUCCAUGACUUUGUCGUCCUUGGAUUAUCGCUUUUUCUUCACAGUGUGGCCCGACUGCUCCUUCAUAGCUCCUUCAUAGCUUGUGCUGUGGUGUGCAUGUGGUGGAAAAAAGGUUGGGCGUUGUAAAGCUACUUUUCUAAGAGACGGGAUAGGAGCGAUAUUCACUGGACUGUUUGAUAAGCACACAAGAAGAAUGUAUGAUUUUUUAAGGGGUGUUUCACGUUUUAGGGACCAGGUUAAGACUGAAAUAAGGACCCCGAUGAGGCCUCUAUGGUGGUUGGAAGCGGUUAUGGUGUUAAAACUUGUGAAUUAUGUCCCUAUUCUGCUAGAUAUCAUAUUAAUGGCCAACAGUUUUCAGUUUGCAGGAGUAAAGUAUAACUGGAUCCAGCUCAGUGGGAGGUAACAGCCAUAUAGAAUAUUACUUGUACAGUUUAUAGGACAUGUACAGUAAAGUCAUUGAGCUGGCUGUGUUUGAUUUGUAGCCUAGUAUUUGUUAAAUUCCUUAAUCACACUAUAAUUACUUCAAAACAUUUCCACUACACGCAACCGUAGUAUUAUUCCCCCUGAUUGGGAAAGCUGUUCCUCGGGCAUGAACAACUGGAAAAUUCUACACUCUUACAAGUGCCUCGUAUGUUUUGGGUUUUUUUUUAGCACCACUGCCCCCGCCCCCCAAUGGUGCCCCGUGUUUUAUUGAUGUACCUUUUUGCCGAGGUUAUAUCUGCAGGCAAUAGGAAGAAUGUCAGACAAUGUAUGUUGGAACUAAUUUUAUUUGCACUUUAUGAUCAUCUGUUGCCCUGCUCUUUUUGUUUUGAUUCGCCGACAGAAAGGCGGUGCUAAAUUGGGUUUGCAAUGUCUGUUUUGGACACAUGAGCACAAAGCUUUGGUAAUACACUACCGCUCAAAGGUUUGGGACGACUUGGACAUUUUUAGUACAGCUUCCAGGUGACGACCUGUGAGGCGUCUUUGUCUUAAACUACACACUCUCAGAUAUUUGUCUUCUUGCACAGUUGUGCAUCGUUUUUCUGUCCUUGUUAGACCCAGUUUGUGCUGCUCUCUGAAGGGAGUAGUUAACAGCAUGGUAAGAGAUUUUUUUAGAUGGGUUUUCUAAUAAUCUAUUAGCCUCAUAAAAUGAUGAACUUGGAUUAGCAGCCAUACCAGGAGAUUGAUGCAGAGGACUGACAGUUGUUGAUAGCAGGCCUCUAUGCAAAAAUGUCAAUCAUUCUUUGAAAAUCAUCUGAUACAUUUGAAUUGUUUGUAAAAUUGAUAAAAAUUUUGUGAAAUUGAAUUUUUUUUUGGUGAAAUCCAAGAAAAUGUGUGUUUUCUUUGGAAAACAAAGAAGUGAUCCCAAACUUUUGAGCAAUAGUGUACUAUAUUUUAAGCAAUUCAAUUCAAGGAUGUAGACCACUGUUUUCAGAUGUAUGGCACAAUUUUUGGGUGUGCGUAGACCCCAAACAGUCUAAUAACAACCAUGUUGGUGGGACAGCAUUUUCACUGGAAAUGUACCGACUUCAAAAAAGAAGAUGUAGGUAUUGUUAUUCCGUUACAAUCAAUAAUAAACAUAAAGUUUCAUUUCUGGUUAUCCACAGCAUGUCAGCAAGUCCCAGGCACGGCACACCUACCCUACUUUGGUGAGCUGGGAAACGUCAUGGAAUGACGCGAUCGCUCCUCGCUAGUUGUUUCAACUGAUAGAACAACUCAAAAUAAUCAGUCAAAAUACACACAACACGCUCGCUCACAUUAAACUACACAUAUUUGGGUAUAAAAAACAGCAGGUCAUUUAAUUCAUGCAAUCGCUCCUCUCGCAAGUACUUAUUAACCGCCGCGCAAAUAAAUCAUCAAAAUGCGGAUUAAGACUGAAAAUAAUCCACAAAGUCAAGUCAAUUCUAGUAAUACUGCAAUGUAGAAGUGAUGGGACAAGUGUACGCCUGAGUCCAGGGGUGGGCAAACUAUGGCCCGGGGGCCACAUGCGGCCCACCUAGUUUUUGAAUCCGGCCCGUCUGUUGCUUUCUGAGUAUUUCAACUUUUAACAUCCAAACUGGCAACUUGCAAGUCGGAUUCUUAUUUAGUAAAAAAAAAAAAAAAAAAAAA